AUGGACCGCUUCAAGCUCAACAACGACGGCAUCAUUCUUCUGGAGAAGCCCUUCAUCCAGGCACGUCGGCCCUCCCCGGACGCCUUGGUUCCCUAUGAACAAUUCAAGCGGGCGUUUCGCACCUACCAAAAACUCAUUGAGAAGGAAAUGACGAAUGUCACCCAAGCAGCCAGCGACUUGCAGAGCAAGGCUUCGGGUUUGAAGUCCGAGGACGCCUGUCAGGCUAUCGACGGCAUGGUUGCCAAACUCCAGCAUCUCAAGAGAAAGAUCGACGCCAUCAAGUCCGAAGAGGAGACAUUCUCCGAAAGAACCCGCGCACGCCUCGAGCAUCUUGCCGAGUUUGCCGAUAUUCCCAGUGCCGAAUGCGACGAAUAUACCAGAUGGAGCAAGAUUCGCCUCGACCGCGUGCUUGCUGACUUUCUCUUGCGGCAGGGAUACAUCAAGACCGUCAAGGAUCUGGCCAAAGACCGAGACAUGGAGCAUUUCCUCGACAUUGAGCUAUUUGUCCAGGCAAAGAAGAUCGAGGACUCUCUCCUCAGCCAUAGCUGCACCGAGUGUCUAGCUUGGUGCAAAGAGAACUCGUCCAACCUGAAGAAGAUCAAGGCAAGGGACCAGCCGGAACUGACAACCUCUCGGCUCUUUGCACGUCAGAGCACCCUUGAGUUCAAUCUCCGGGUACAGGAGUAUAUUGAGCUUGUGCGUGUGGGAAAGCUCAAGGAAGCCAUCCAAUAUGCCCGAAAGCACUUGACGCCGUGGUCGGCGACCCACCUCAAGGAGAUUCAGAGGGCCAUGGGACUGCUGGCUUUCCGCCCCGACACAUCCAGUGAAACCUACAGGGAAGUCUACUCCGACGCCCGAUGGGCCAUGCUGCUGGAGCAGUUCCGCGUCGACAACUAUGCACUCAACAACCUGACGAGCCAGCCCUCGCUCAAGACGUCGCUGCAAGCCGGGCUUUGCGCUCUCAAGUCGCUGGCUUGCUUCGAGGCCAAGAGCCAGAACCUCAACUGCCCUGUGUGCUCCGUUGAGAGCUUUGGGGCACUGGCCCAGAGCUUGCCAAACUCGCACCAUGUCAUCUCGUGCAUCGUGUGCCCGAUCUCCGGCAGCAUCAUGAACGAGGACAACGAGCCGCUCGUGCUGCCGAACGGAUACGCAUACUCCUCCGUGGCCCUCAAAGAGAUGGCCAGCCGAAACAACGGCGAGGUUACUUGCCCCCGCACCGGCCAGACAUUCCUGUUCAAGCAGGCCAAGAAGGCCUUCAUUGUCUGA